UUUCGGGUUCUGUCACUGAAUGUUGGAGGGGAACCACACGCCGUUGUGAACCUAGAAGUUCAGAGUUUGGCGCCGUAGCAUACAAGGAAAGGCGGCGGAAACCACCUUUCAGACACACCGAUCUUAUUCCAUCUUAUUCUUCAAAUUGAGAAAUUUUGUAAGGGAAGUAGGAGUUCAGAUUAUGUGUUGUAUUUCUGCAUCUUAGUAUGUAUCUGAACUCUAAGCAAUCAAGGUGUUGAAUUCAAAUUAGGAAAGUCAUGGCUAUGAACCGUGCCAGAUCUAUAAGAUAUAUUCUUACAGUCAAAGAGGCAGUUAAGGUUGCACACCAACGAACUUAUGCCGCCGGAAAAGCAAAGAAAGGAUCUAAAGGGGGUGGAUCUGCGGAUUCACCCAAGGCAUCAACUCUUAGCAAAGAAGUCAAGGCAAGCACAGUUGUAGGUGCUAACAUUCUGAAGGAAGGAACUGAUCCAAAAAUCCUGCCUGAUUCAGAGUACCCCGACUGGCUGUGGCAUCUGCUCGAUAAACGUCCGGCACUUAGUGAACUACGUAGGAAGAAUAUUGAAACACUAUCUUAUGAAGAUCUAAAACGCUUUGUUAAGCUGGAUAAUCGUGCAAGGAUCAAGGAGAGUAACUCUCUGAAGGCAAAGAAUUGAUUUCAAUGGUCAAAAAGAGAACUAGGAGUAUGGGGAUUGAAGCGACAGUGUGGAGUUUUUCCAUUUCUUUUAUUUCUUGUGAUUCUGGGAUUCCUCUGAGUAAUCGGCUUACAUGUAUGCAGGCAUUAAAUGGAACAAAGGCCAAAGAGUUGGAUGAUUUUGCACAUUUGUUGUUUCUUUUCUUUCUACUACUUUUUAGUCUGUUUUUUACCUGGUGUUUGGUAAAUUAAAUCUGACUGCUUUUCUUGAUUGAACAGAACCUUGUCCAUAAUUUUGUUCUAUGCUUUAUUUUGCUUUUCUAGACAUUUAUUAUAACGUUCAUUCAAGGGGAUUCCUAUAGAAAGGGCAAAGGAAUGUCGCUCCCUUCAAAACUCAAAGACAGAUUUGUGGCAACUGAGCAGUUACUCACAUCAAUUUUGCUUCGUUCAAGAAUCACAUGGUAAAACGGUGGAUGAACUUUCCCGUUAGAAUCAAAUAUCACAUACUUGGUAACACAUUAUUUAAUAGAAGAUCUGAAUGGAACUUUUAAUUUUGUACUCUUUUCUGAUAGAAAUGUAAUGAGAUUUGUUGU